GCUCGUCUCGUGCCUUCGCGCCGCAGCAGACGGCAGGAUGGCGGGGGGCCGUCGGGGUCUGGUCGCCCCUCAGAACACGUUCCUGGAGAACAUCGUCCGUCGGUCUAACGACACCAACUUCGUGCUGGGAAAUGCUCAGAUCGUGGACUGGCCCAUCGUCUACAGCAACGACGGCUUCUGCAAGUUGUCAGGUUACCACCGAGCAGAGGUCAUGCAGAAGAGCAGCACCUGCAGCUUCAUGUACGGAGAGCUGACAGACAAGGAGACCAGUGACAAGGUGCAACAGACCUUUGAGAACUACGAGAUGAACUCUUUUGAGAUUCUGAUGUACAAGAAGAACCGGAUGCCGGUGUGGUUUUUCGUGAAGAUCGCUCCGAUCAGGAACGAGCAGGACAAAGUGGUCUUGUUUCUCUGCACCUUCAGCGAUAUCACGGCCUUCAAGCAGCCCAUUGAGGACGACUCUUCCAAAGGAUGGGGUAAAUUUGCCCGUCUGACUCGUGCGCUGACCAGCUCUCGAGGAGUUCUUCAGCAGCUCACGCCGGCGGUCCAGAAAGGCGAGAACGUUCACAAACAUUCACGGCUGGCUGAGGUUCUUCAGCUGGGUUCAGACAUCUUGCCUCAGUACAAACAGGAGACCCCGAAGACGCCGCCACACAUCAUUCUGCAUUACUGCCUCUUCAAAACCACGUGGGACUGGGUCAUCCUCAUCCUCACCUUCUACACCGCCAUCAUGGUGCCCUACAACGUCUCCUUCAAGACCAAGCAGAACAACGUCACCUGGCUGGUGGUGGACAGCAUCGUGGACGUGAUCUUCCUGGUGGACAUCGUCCUGAACUUCCACACCACCUUCGUGGGUCCAGCCGGAGAAGUCAUCUCCGACCCCAAGCUCAUCCGCAUGAACUACGUCAGGACCUGGUUCGUCAUCGACCUGCUGUCCUGUCUGCCCUACGACGUGAUCAACGCCUUUGAGAACGUGGACGAGGGGAUCAGCAGCCUCUUCAGCUCCCUCAAAGUGGUCCGCCUGCUGCGUCUGGGCCGGGUGGCCAGGAAGCUGGACCACUACAUCGAGUACGGCGCCGCCGUGCUGGUCCUGCUGGUGUGUGUGUUCGGCCUGGCGGCCCACUGGCUGGCCUGCAUCUGGUACAGCAUCGGGGACUACGAGGUGAUCGACGAGGACAGCAACAGCGUGAGGACGGACAGCUGGCUGUACCUGCUGGGGGAGACGGUGGGGACGCCCUACAGGUUCAACGCCUCGGGCUCGGGCCGCUGGGAGGGCGGGCCCAGCAAAGACUCGGUCUACAUCACCUCGCUGUACUUCACCAUGACCAGCCUGACCAGCAUCGGCUUCGGGAACAUCGCUCCCAACACCGACGGGGAGAAGAUCUUCGCGGUGGCCAUGAUGAUGAUCGGAUCACUGCUCUACGCCACCAUCUUUGGUAACGUCACCACCAUCUUCCAGCAGAUGUACGCCAACACCAACCGUUACCACGAGAUGCUCAACAGCGUGCGCGACUUCCUCAAGCUCUACCAGGUCCCCAAAGGCCUGAGUGAGCGGGUGAUGGACUACAUCGUGUCCACCUGGUCCAUGACCCGGGGCAUCGACACGGACAAGGUUCUCCAGAUCUGUCCUAAAGACAUGCGUGCGGACAUAUGCGUCCACCUCAACAGGAAGGUGUUCAAGGAGCACCCGGGGUUCCGGCUGGCCAGCGACGGCUGCCUGCGCGCCCUCGCCAUGGAGUUCCAGACCAUCCACAGCGCGCCGGGAGACCUGAUCUUCCACGCCGGGGAGAGCGUGGACAGCCUCUGCUUCGUGGUGUCGGGCUCGCUGGAGGUCAUUCAGGACGACGAGGUGGUGGCCAUCCUGGGUAAAGGAGAUGUGUUUGGAGACGUGUUCUGGAAGGAGAUGACGCUGGCUCAGUCGUGCGCUAACGUCCGGGCGUUGACCUACUGCGACCUCCACGUCAUCAAGCGGGACGCGCUGCAGAAAGUCCUGGAGUUUUACUCCAACUUCGCCAACCACUUCUCCAGGAACCUGGUGCUCACCUACAACCUGAGGAAGAGGAUCAUCUUCAGAAAGAUCAGUGACGUGAAGCGAGAGGAGGAGGAGAUGCUGAAGAGGAAGAACGAAGCGCCCCUCAACCUGCCUCCGGACCACCCUGUCCGACGCCUCUUCCAGCGAUUCCGCCAGCAGAAGGAGGCUCGCCUGGCGGCGGAGCGGGGCGACCUGGAGAAAGGGGUCAAUCACGCCGAUCCGCCGCGCGGUCCGGAAAUCCUGGAGUCCACCAGCAUCGCCAUGGUGACCGAGAGCCAGGCGGCGCCGGCCGCCUCCUCCUCCCCCUCCACUUCCUCCACCACCUCCAGCAGGGUUUUGCUCCACGCUCCUCUCGGCCAAAACGGCGCCGUGACCGGACACAAGCCCGGAGAGGCGCCCAGAGCGAGAGGCUGGGGCCGCUUCAAGGAGUCGGUGGUCAAAGCGGAGUCGUGGAGCAGAGUGUCCAAGGCGGAGUCCAUGGAGACGCUGCCCGACAGGACUAAGUGUCACGACGAGAUGUCGCUGAAAAAAACGGACUCCUGCGACAGCGGCAUCACCAAGAGCGACCUCCGCCUGGACAGCGUGGACGACGCCAGGACGCCCCAGGACAGGAGUCCGGUCCAGGCCGACGACAAGAGGGUCUUCUCCCCCACGCCCGAGCAGAUCAUGCAAGCCUCCUUCCUGGAUCUGAAGCAGGAAUUGAGAGGCAACAUCAGCUCUCUGAACUCGCGCAUGAGCGUGCUGGAAGCCCAGCUGGGGGAGAUGCUGCGACUGCUCAGAUCCAGGAAGUCGUCCGGCUCCGUUUUCGAGAGCUCCCGUCCUCCGUCUCCUGACUCGGACAAAGAAAACUUCUCCUGAAGCGGACAUGAAUGGCUCCCUCACAGGAAUCGAACUCC